AUGCCGGAGACGAGCAAGGGUGCCGGCGAAUAUAUAGCAAGGGAGGAGCGGCGGCGGAAACCCAUCGCGAGCGAGAUGCGCCGGGAGAUGCUUGUCUGGGUUCACCCCAAAUGCUUCCUUCUCUUCACUGGCAUUCUAAUUCUGCUCAUUUUCGCCUUCUAUAACUCGCAGACGGCUGAAGAGAAUAGAGAAGUGGAGUAUGAGAUCACUCAUAGAGUAUACUUGGAUAUUGAUAUUGAGGAGCAACGUUUAGGUAGAAUCGUUAUUGGAUUAUAUGGUCAGGUUGUACCGAAAACUGUAGAAAACUUCAGGGCAUUGUGUACAGGUGAAAAAGGCACAGGUGCAAAUGGGAAGCCUCUCCACUAUAAAGGAACCCCAUUUCAUCGAAUCGUAUCAGGGUUCAUGAUCCAAGGUGGUGACAUAGUCCACGGAGACGGGAAGGGGAGUGAAUGCAUCUAUGGCGGCAAAUUUCCAGAUGAGAAUUUCAAGGUAAAACAUUCCCAUGCCGGCGUAGUUUCAAUGGUAAAUACAGGACCAGAUUCAAAUGGGUCGCAGUUUUUCAUCACCACCAUAAAAUCCAGCUGGUUGGAUGGAGAGCAUGUGGUGUUUGGGAAAGUGGUUCAAGGGAUGGACUAUGUAUAUGCCAUUGAAGGUGGAGCUGGAACUUACAGUGGGAAACCCAGAAAGAAAGUUGUGAUUGCAGACUCUGCCGCCCUUCCCAGAUUUCCCACUUCCCUUCCUCUAUACCAGCUGCCCGAAUCCGCCGCUGAGUCAACUCGUAGCCAGAGCAAAACAUUCUCAGUAGCAUCAGCAGACUCCUUUCUCAGCUCCGACCACUGCCGCCCGAUUUGGCGGAAUUUCGCAGAUAAAGUUCCCAUCUUUUCCCUUUCUCAAGCUAUGAUGGGAAGUAAUACUGACGAACAGGAUAAAAGAAUUGUUGCCCUUUACGAUUCGCCUACCACUUCAUCAUCAUCCCCAACUCAGCCGCUGCUCUUCAAGCCGCCGCUAGACGAUGAGCACAGCUCCGACCCUAAUCCAGAAUCCGACCCGACCCAGUUCCUCCAGAUCUCUUACAACUCCGGUCACCGGCCGUUCAAGGACCUGCCCUUUCUCAUCCUAUUCCUCCUGGUUCUUCUCAGCACUCUCGGAUUGGGAAUCUUCUCAAUCGUCCACAGAAACCCCAAUUACGGCAACCGUUCGUCGUUUACUUUCGACUCCCGAUCGGCCACCUGCGUUCCCGCCAGCCCGAAUUCAGCUUCCACAGGCGGCAAUUUCUACUAUUUCCUCGUCAAUUCGUUGGGCUCCAGUGGGUUCAUCAGCGGGCUGAUAUGGGCAAUUGUUAUCACGGUGAUUCUCAGCGGACCCAUCUGCUUUCUCCUGCUUUUCUCUCUCAGGCAUUAUACCAAAUACCUUGUGUACGCUUCUCUUCCCUUCUUCAUCAUCAUGCCUGUCUUCUUUAACGUCUACUGGUUCGUUGCAUGCACGCUUAGCUCGUCCUGCAGCGAUGAACUGCCACUGGGUUAUAGGAUUUUCGUCAUGUGUCUCAUCUUUGUGGUGAUCGGGGUCCUUGUUUGGGUUCUAGUUGUGAAUUGGUAUCGGGUUGAGCUGACUAUAAGCAUAAUUGGGAUUGCCGCCGAUGCCCUGUACAAGAAUUUGGGUCUGUUUGUGGCUCUGCCGCUGUUGACGUUUGGUUUGGUGGUAUACUAUGCUCCCUUUGUGGUGUUCUUAGUAUUUGCGAGGUUUAAUGGCAAGAUUGUGCCCAAAGAAUCGAAUGGAGAAUAUCAUUGUGGUUGGAAGGAGGAUAGUUGGGUGCCUGCUUACUUCACGCUUGGGAUAGUUACCUUGUUGUGGUCUUCUGCAAUAAUGGUGGAAGCUCAAGUUUAUGUGAUCAGUGGGACUAUUGCUCAGUGGUACUUCUCGAAGGACGACUCCCCUCCUAAACGUGGCAUAAGAACUUCAUUGCGGAAUGCAUUUGGCCCAUCUUCAGGCAGCAUAUGUCUCUCUGGUUUGAUUAUAUUCAUCGUUCGCAUGGUGAGAGGUGCUGUCGAUAGUGCAAAACGAGAAGAUAGUCCGGGGAUGGUGAAUCUCGUGCUCCGAACAUGUGUCAAUCUGUUCCUCUCUUCAAUCGAAUUUCUGAACAAGUUCACCAUCAAUUUCGUGGCGAUAACUGGGGAAGCCUACUGCACUUCCGCGAGAAUGACUUACGAGCUCCUGAAACGCAACCUUCUCUCCGCAGUUCUGGUGGAGGUUAUCUCUACUCGUAUAUUGGCUGGCAUCACUUUCGUGCUCUCAGCCGUGUAUGCAAUUGUGGUGUGUGCAAUACUGAAGGGUGCCACGAGUCUUGGGACUGAUGCAUACUACAUUGCGAUCCUCGCAUGGUUGGUGCUGAUCGUUGUGCUGGGAUUCUUUGUACAUGUGCUGGACAAUGUGGUCGACACGAUUUACAUAUGUUACGCGAUAGAUAAGGAUAGAGGGGAAGUGUACAAGUCGGAUGUUCAUGAGGUUUAUGUGCAUUUGCCCAUCAGUAGAAACCAGAGGCCGAGCUUGGCUCCUAGAACUGAUGCAGUUGUAUGA